AUGAGAGUGCUGGAGACACUAGGUGUUGUAAUUUUGGCGACUCUAACACAGAUAUGGACCACUCAGGCACAGGCUCUGGGUCCAGUGACAUCAGUCUCAGUGAGCUACACCUGUGCUAGUGCAUCUUCUGUGGUCUCCUGGACAGCUGUGGUUGGAGCCACCACCUACCGUUCCACUGCUGUAAGUCACAGUGGUACAGUUCUGUCCUGCACCACGAGCACUACAGAAUGUGAAAUCAAAAAUCUAGCAUGUGGGGAGAAUUACAUGGUACACGUCACGGCCCUGUCAGACAACUGUGAGAGCACCAGCAACGCCACCACAUCCUUCCAAACAGUUCCCUGUGCCCCAUCCAAUCUCAUGCUAUACCGGGAAUGCAGCAGCAAUGUCAUUGUCUUUUCCUGGGCUCCAAACAAUUACUCCGCUUACUACUAUGCGAGGGGUGUGGACUCCAUUGGCAAGGUGAUGGAAUCACCCUGCCAAGUGAAUAACAUGCGCUCAUCAACGGACUGUCAGACUGGUCUUCUGACCAGCAGAUGGGACGCUGCAGAUAGAACGCUACAGUACACUGUGGAGGCCUUUGGAAACCGUGGAAAUCAGAGCCACUAUAUGUGCAGCUCACUGACACAGAGCUGCACAAUCUCCGGCAUAAACUGUGGAGAAAGCCUUACCAUGUUAAUCACUGCUGCGGAUGAGGAGUGCUCCAGUGUUCUGUCUCUGGGAGAAGUAGGUCAGACUGCCCCCUGCGUACCUCAAAAUGUGUCUGCAUUGAUGGACUGUGGUUCAGAUUCCAUCACUCUGACAUGGGAGUCUUCGUUAGGUGCUUUUUUCUACUUUGCCACAGCUGUGGAUCAGUUUGGGACUGUUCGCACUUGUACCUCAUCAGAUACAAAGUGCAAGUUUAGUGGGCUACGCUGUGGAUCCUUAUACAAAGCCUCUUUAAUCGCAUCCAACAUCAACUGCAACAGCUCCGUCAGUGACACCAUCAAUGUAGAAACAGCUCCCUGCCCUCCUGGGAGUGUAGAAGCUCUUCUGGACUGUCAAGAGAACCAGGCACUGGUGAGCUGGCUGGGAACUCGGAGUAUGAUAUCCUUCACUGCUACCAUGGAGGAUCAGCUUGGUGGUCUUCUCAGUUGUAGCACCACUGCCAACAGCUGCCGGAUCCCCAACCUGAAGUGUGGCCAAGUUUAUGACAUUAGUGUAAUUUACCACGAUGGAAUCUGUCCCAGUAUGCCUUCCCAUGCCAUACAAAUGAAGUCUGAUGGAGGAAAGACUUACAGCUGGAACAGAACAGAAGAUGCUGAGGGGUAUAUCGCCACUGUGGUCUCCAAGGCCACUGGAGAGCUGGUUUACUGCAACUCUACCUCGCCUUUCUGUAAUGUGACCAAUCUGCAGUGUGGCGAUUCGUACUCUGUACAGGUCAGGUCGUACAACCGUUCCUGUCUGAGCAUGCUGAGUUCACCUGUAGUGGUGAGAGAGGUGCCAUGUGUGCCCAUUAACGUGACAGCCAGGCGGACAUGCGGCAGCAGCGCAGUGGAAGUAUCAUGGAGUGCAAGCCGUGGUGCUCAGUCCUAUGUCGCUGUUGCUGUGGGAGAUGACGGACAUCGUACAAAGUGCUCCUCCAACACGACCUCAUGUAGCAUCCUUGACCUGCACUGUAGCAGUCUUUACUCCAUUAGCUUGGUGGCCGUUGAUGGCAACUGCUCCAGCUGGAAGAGCCAGAAUGUUACACUGCGCACAGUUCCCUGCCCACCAACUAACGUCCAGAGCACUAUGAACUGUACUACCAACUCUGCCACUCUGUCCUGGACUGCCAGUCCUAACUCUGUGUCCUACAGAGGCAGGGCUUCAGGCAGAGAUGGCCACAAUGUGACAUGCGAUACCAAAAAUCCAGGGUGCCAGUUAAAUGGCCUGCAUUGUGGACAAGAGUAUGUGUUUGUCGUAACUGCUUCUGAUGGAAACUGUGAAAGUCCAGAUAGCGUUGAGAACAGACAUGAGACAGCACCGUGUGCCCCUCAGAGUGUCUCCAGGUUCCUGGACUGUGCCUCUAACAGCCUCAUUGUAAGAUGGGCUCUCGGCCCCACAGCCCUAAACUACACCGCCCUCGCCAGGACUACAGGUGGCGCUGUGCUCAGCUGUACUACAACAAGCUCCAGUUGUAUUGUCACUGGUCUGCAGUGCGGUAAGAACUACACCGCUGUCGUCACAGCAAACAACGCUUGUCAAGGACCAGAGACUGUGACCCCUCCUCUCCAAACAGUGCCGUGUAUCCCCACAUCAGUCCAUGCCAGUGUGGAGUGUGUGAAUAACACAGUGAGGGCAUCAUGGGGCCAGGCAGCUGGAGCUUUGUCCUACAUUGGUGUUCUGACCGGCCCGGAUCAUUACAAAGAAUCCUGUGCGACAUCUGGCCUCUCCUGCUCCUUCAGGGGCUUGACCUGUGCACAAACCUACACGCUAAAUGUCAUCUCUCUGGACAGCCAAUGCAACAGCUCAGUCAGUCCCAAUGUCUCUGUCGCAACAGGUCCCUGUGACCCUGCGAGCGUGACUGCAGUGCUCAAGUGUGACUCCCGUACUGCAAACGUCUCGUGGCACGCCGCCGCUGGGGCCAGCACAUACACCGUCCUGGCACAAACACAGGAUCAGAGCAUCCCUUCCUCUUCCUGUCGGACCUCGGCCACUUCCUGCGAUCUCACGCAAAUCCACUGUGGAGAGGUUUUUAAUGUCACAGUGCUUGCUGAUGAUGGAACAUGCAACAGUUCAGCACGGGCCAGCACUACACUGGAGUCGGCACCAUGUUCUCCGAUAAUGAGGCCUCCUUCACUGAACUGCAGCACUAACGCAGCCCUGGUGUCCUGGCUGAAGGACCCAGAUGCCCUGAGUGUCAGAGUCAGCGCCGCCUCUGUCCUGGGACAAACUGCCACCUGCAACUCUUCUGCAAACAGCUGUUCCCUGGAUGCCUUGCUGUGUGGUCGGACAUAUACAGUGUAUGGUGUGGCCCAGGGCCCUCAGUGUGAGAGUGUUCCUAGUGCUCCAUUCAAUAUUACCACAGCUCCCUGCACCCCUGCUCAAGUGAGCGCUAACUACAGCUGUGGCACCAGCACGGAUCUGAGCUGGACUGACAGCCUGGGCCGAGAGAGCUUCUACGUGCUUGCACAGACCAACGGUCACUCAGGCUCCUGCAGCACAGUCCAAACCCACUGCUCUAUCAAUUCACUGAGAUGCGGAAGUCUUUAUAAUGUCUCCGUGGACUCGAUCUCCGGACGCUGCAACAGCAGCCAAUCAGCUCACACACAGCUGCAGACAGCACCUUGUGCCCCAAAGAACGUGACGGUAAGACUACAGUGUUUGAACAACACGGCUGUCGUGUCCUGGGAGGCAAGUCUCAGUGCCGUGGGCUAUAACGUCACUGCUGUGGGCCAGGACGGGGAUAUCAAGUACAGUACUGUCGCUGGCACCAGCUGUCAACUACCCAACAUGCACUGUGGUCAGACCUAUGACAUUGUAAUCACACCCUUCUCUCAGACGUGCACUGGGUUCCCGACCGCUCCUUACACUUUCAAUGCAGGUUCCUGUCCUGCAACUGAUGUCCAGGUUUCUCUACAAUGUAAUGGUAAUGUGGGGCUUGUCCAUUGGACUGCUGCUAAGAAUGCUGAAAGUUACAUUGCCAUGGCAACGGGUAAAGAUGGCCAGACCCGCACAUGUACCUCCACCAGCACCAACUGCACCUUUAGUGAUCUGCACUGUGGUGAGAACUACACCGUUACCGUGGCCACGGUGGAGCGUGGCUGCCAGAGUCCGCCCAGCACAUCUGUCAGUCUAAGAUCAGCUAUCUGCCCACCUUCAAAUCUGGCCGGUCAUACCAACUGUGCUACGAGUGACAUUAGCAUUACAUGGGACCCCAGCCCAGUGUCCAGAGUCAAUUACAUCCUGUUCAUCAAUCAGGUGGAUGGGCUGAACUCCACCUUCAACACAACACAAACAUCAUACGUUCUGAGAGGGUUGCACUGCGGCAUGAGCUUUAUCGUACAAGCGGCUGCUCAAGACAGCACCUGCACCAGUCCUUACGGAAGCCCAACACCGAUCUAUACAGCUCCCUGUCCGCCCAGUAGCCUGACCGCUGCUGCCAGCUGUGGCACAAACAGGGCCACCAUCAGCUGGCUGAACGGUACAGGAGCAUACACCUAUACUGCCAAUGUGGUGGGAAGCAAUGGACAAACUAUUUCCUGUACAUCCUCCACCAAUUCCUGUUCUGUGAAGGUUGACUGUGGAAGUACAUAUACAGCCACUGUGGUUUCCACACUGGGGUCCUGCAACAGCACCACCAACAACAGCAUCCAUUUUGACUCGGCGGCUUGCCUGCCUAGUAAUGUUAUGGCACAGUUAGACUGCAAUUCUAACAUGCUGGCUGUACAUUGGGACCCCAGUCCAAACAAUCCUGACUCCUAUACAGCACUGGCUAUCGGUACAGAUGGCACUCGGGUUUCCUGUAACACAAGCUCUACUUCCUGUACCAUUUUGAACUUAAGAUGUGGCCGCACCUAUAGCAUCGCUGUGACCACAUCCAAAAUUAACUGUGGAGUUAUCGAGGGUUCAGACUACCAAAUCAGGACAGCCCCCUGCCAACCACAGAGCCCAAAUGUACAGCUGCAGUGCAGCACUAACACUGCUACGGUAACAUGGGACAACAAUGGAGCUGAUCAGUUUGACACGGUGACUGCGCUCAACUUUACCGGUGGUGCAAUGGUGUGCAACAGUAAAACUAGGUCUUGCACGUUUGCACAGCUACAGUGCGGUGAGUCUUACUCACUUAGUGUGGUUGGAUCCAACGGAAACUGCACCAGUGCACCCAGCGACAACUUCAGCCUAGAUACAGCUCCCUGUGUUCCCAAUUUUGUUGUCGCAACCACAAACUGUGACACGUCCAUCACCACGGUAACCUGGGAUUCUGCCCGUGGCGCUAACAGUUACACUGUUCAUGCUGUGAGCACCACGGGACAAAACGGCACGUGUACCAACACAGACACCACCUGCUCUUUACCACAGCUGGACUGUGGACAAAACUACACUAUAACAGUCACAGCUGAAGAUGACACCUGUGUGGGCGUGACCAGUGCACCCAUCACUGUCACAACAGUUCCAUGUCCACACUCUAAUCUACAAGCAACUUUGGACUGCAGAACUGACUCUGCUCUGAUCUCAUGGACAUCCGGGAAGGGUACACUGAUGUAUAACGCCUCUGCUGUGGGCUUUGAUGUGGAUCACCAAGUCAGCUGUAGUACACCUGGCUCUGCUUGCAAUGUAACCAACCUGCACUGUGGCAGCCGUUACCAAGUCAGUGUGAGGGGAGAUGGGUUCACCUGCUCUGACCAAUCAGAUGACUGGAUUGCCCUCAAGACAGCGCCAUGUCCACCCACUCAGGUGUCCAUCAAGUCAUCUUGUGACUCAAACACUGUGUCGGUUGCCUGGAACUCCUCUCAGGGAUCUGUGUCCUACAUGGCUGUUGCCAAGAGCAAUACAGAUCAUAGGGUGACUUGCAACUCCAGCCAACUCACCUGUGAUAUUUCAGGCCUGCAGUGUGGACAGACUUAUCAAAUUCAUGUUUCUGGUGUGGAUGGUGACUGUAUUGGAUCCAGAAGUGAAGUUCGUAUUCUUGAAACAGCCCCUUGUGUGCCACAGAAUGUGAAGACAAUCCUGAAGUGUCAAGCUACUGUUCUCAACGUGACUUGGCAACAGAAAGGUCAAGCCCAUCACUACCAUGCCACAGUGAGGAGCAGCGAUGGUAAAGUGCUGGGUUGUGACUCAAAUACAACCUUCUGCCAAGUUCCCAACAUCCAUUGUGGCCUGACUUACAGUGUGACGGUGGUGGCCUAUAGUCAAACCUGCAACAGUUCCCAAAGCUCUGUGCAGCAUGUCACCUCAGCCCCUUGCCCACCAGAUGCUAUCUUUGCCAUCUUGGACUGCGAUUUAAACACUAUAUCCGUGUCCUGGGACUCUAGUGUGAAUGGUGUCCUUUAUAUUGCACAUGCCUUUAACUCCAAUAACAAUUAUAACUACACGUGUAACACCACAGAAACAAGUUGUGAUAUCACAGUGACCUGUGGCAUAGAUUAUAAUGUGACUGUAAUACCUUUAAGGGAUGGCUGCAAUGGGAAGAAUUCACCGGUCCAGUAUAUUAUAGCAGCUCCUUGCGUUCCCAUCAUGUUGGAUGUUGAAAUGGACUGCCUGUCUGAUUCGGCUUGGCUGACAUGGGAAGAGUCUGCAGGGGCAGAGCUCUACAUUGCCACGGCAACUGACAGCGAUGGACAAGAGUACGAGUGUAACUCAACUGAUAGCCAGUGUACAGUUGAACAGCUACAGUGUGGAAGGUUCUACAACUUUAGUGUCAUCGCGUCUAACAGUCAAUGUGACAGUCAAAUAAGCAACACGUUGCAAACCGAGACAGCCCCUUGUCCACCUCAGAAUGUGAUCACGUCUCUUGGGUGUGACACUGGUACGGUGAGUGUGAUGUGGGAUGAGAGCUUUGGCGUUUUAAGCUACACUGCCACUUUGGAGCGAACCGAUGGAGAGACCACCUGCUGCACGGCAAGUUCCACUUCCUGUGAGGUCCCUUUCCUUCCCUGUGGCCAGAUGUAUGCCCUGACAGUCACUGCUGAGGGAAGGACAUGCAACAGCUCUCAGAGCCUUGAGGUCAUCGUACGGUCAGUUCCCUGUAUUCCGGAAAGUCUGGUGUCCAGUACUAGCUGCAGUGAUAAUGUAGUCACUAUGGCAUGGGUGAGCAAUGAAGCUGGUGAGCUCUAUACGAUCCAGGCCUUCAGUGAUGAUGGGUUAUACUCCGACAGCUGCUCAGGGUUUGGUCAAUCGUGUGAUCUCACAUCACUGAUGUGUGGUGUGCCAUACACUGCUACAGUAAUAGCACAGGACAGCAUCUGCUCCAGUGCGCCAAGUCAAGCUGCUCCAAUCAGGACAGUGCCCUGUGUGCCGGAUCAUGUGACUGCUAAUGUGAGCUGCCAAGGGAACGACGUGUCUGUGUUCUGGAAAGAGAGCGCAGGAGCAGACGUAUACACAGCCAUGCUCGAGGACAGUAAUGGGCAACUCACCAGCUGUCAAAGCAUGAACCACGCCACCUGUACAGUUAACAGACUUGUCUGCGGACAGACUUACCGUGUCAGUGUGAUAGCAUCAGACGGAUAUUGCGACAGCUUACCUAGUGCCGUCACUGAUGUUCAUUCAGCCCCUUGUAUGCCUCAUAAUAUUCGGGCACUGUUGGACUGUCAUUCCAGUAUGGCUGUAUUGUCAUGGCAGCCAGGCACCGGGGCAGGGAAGUAUAUGGCCACAGCAGUAAGGGAAUCUGGCCAUGUGCUCAGCUGUGAAAGCAAUGAUACUUACUGUGAGUUGACGGGACUGGCCUGUGGAGAGAGCUACAACAUCACUGUGUUAGCAGAAGGAGAUACCUGUAGUACUACUGCAGCCAUGAAUGGCCACUUGAAUACAGGUCCUUGUGCACCUCAGAAUAUUGAAGUGCGGUAUGGCCUAUCUAUUGGCCAGCUGUCAUGGGACAGAAGCAGAGGUGCUUCCACGUACACAGCACAUGCUGCAAAUGAUCUGGGAUCAGUGCUGUCCUGCUCCACCAGUGACACCUCCUGUGCCCUCUAUAACAUGUCCUGCAGUCAGACAUAUGACAUCACAGUGACAGCACACAACAACAUCUGUCGAGGGACUGCCGUGUCGGCAUCAACUACUCUAAACACAGAACCCUGCCCGCCCCACAAUGUGCAAACCCAUCUGAAUUGCACAAGUGGUGUAGGGACUGUGUCUUGGGAGGAGAGUUUAGGGGCAGUGGCAUAUGUAGCUUUCCUAGAGGGCCGCAACGGUCAAAGCCUGUCCUGCUCCACAACUAGCUCCAGCUGCAGUGUGACGGGAUUGAUGUGUGGGACGAUUUAUAACACUCAAGUACGUGCCAUUGGAGAAACUUACAACAGCACAGACAGCGAGACAGUUCUCUUUACAUCAGCCCCCUGUCUACCAGUUUCCAGUUCAGUCACUGUUGACGUGAACUGUGAGAAUGCCACGGCAUCGUUCAGCUGGGCUUGGAGCAGUGGAGCUGCAUCCUAUGAACUCACUGCUAUUAGUAACAAUGGCUACAUAGCCUCCUGCAUCUCUCAAGACAAUUUCUGUAUUAUCAGCAAACUUGCUUGCGGACAGACUUAUACGGUGAGGCUCGCAGCAAUCAAUGAUAAAUGUCAGGUUACCAAGGAGACGGGAGUGACUUUCCAAACACGACCCUGUUCUCCCUUACACGUGAAUGUGAACCUUCAGUGCAAGCCAAGUAAAGCCAUUGUGACUUGGGAGCAAAGGGACGACGUGCUAUACUACCUUGUUAGUGCCAGCCUCAGCACAGGAGUAACAGAUAGAGUUUGUAACUCUACAACUGACAGCUGUGAAAUGAGUGGGUUGCAGUGUGGAGUGGAGUAUGCCUUCACCGUCAAAGCCUACAGUAGCCACUGCCAUAGUGAUGUCAGCACCACUGUACACAUUACAACAGAACCUUGUCAGCCAACUCAACCAACAGUUUCAGGAUCAUGUAAUAACAACACCGUUCUCUUAAACUGGAGUCAUAGCAGAGGUGCAUCAAGUUACACAAUGCACAUAACAGGCAACCUAGGAUACAUGGACUCUUUCCAGACAAUUGAAUCUACACUGACAGUAGAGCUUCUUUGUGGACAGACCUACACCUUUACAACACUGGGAGAAAAUGAUGUCUGUGACAGCAUACCAAGUACUCCUGCGCAUUUUACCACUGCCCCGUGUGUGCCGUACCACAUUGAGACCUAUGCAGAGUGUGAGAAUAACCUUGGAGCUGUCAGUUGGGCUAGCAGUGAUGGCGCAGACAUUUACACCGCCAUUGCCAUAGGACAGGAUAACCACACACACGUCUGCAUAACAAACACAACUCACUGUAUUUGGGAGGAACUGCACUGUGGAGAAAAUUACUUUGUCCAAGUCAUUGCCAGUGCCCAAAUCUGCAACAGUGGGCCCAGUGACGGCACAGUCAUACACAUGGCUCCAUGUGUCCCUAAAAACCUGGUAUCCUCUUUCCAAUGCGACAUGAAAGUGGCUUCCCUCACCUGGGAAGCAAGUGAAAAUGCUCAUAUGUACGUGGUUUCUGCAGAAUCUGAUAGUGGUCAAACGGUAGAACUCUCCACCAGUGCCACAAGUGCACAAUUCUCUGAGUUCAACUGUGGUCAGUCGUACUAUCUGACUGUGCAAGCUGUGGGAAACAUAUGUCGAAGCCAGCCCAGUAAUUCCUCAGUACUGAAGACAGAGCCCUGUACUCCCACAUCUGUCCUUGCCUCCACGGACUGCAUCUCCAACAUUGCUACUAUAUCCUGGGAGGCAGCUGAUGGUGCAGAAUACUACACAGCGACAGUGUAUGGCCCUGAUGGGCCUUUGGGAACAUGCAUGUCCUGGUCCUCGAGCUGCGGCAUGGCCAAACUGUCCUGCGGUGUAACAUACAAUGUUAGCGUGAUUGCCUCCAGUCGCCUGUGUAACUCAACACCUAGUGCGCUGAGUGCUCUUAACUCAGUGCCCUGUGUUCCUACAGGUUUGUCUGUGAUGCUGGACUGUGCCACUGCUGAGGCACGUGUGUCUUGGAAUGCAAGCAUGGGGGCGCUGUACUAUAUUACUUAUGCCUGGAGCAGUACAUUCAAUUUCAUUUCCUGUGAGAGCUCCGGGCCUGAUACACAUUGCACUCUUAGUGAUCUCAUCUGUGGAGAGACUUACACUAUACAGGUUAUUGCUGUUGGAGAUGAAUGCUCCAGUUUGCCUAGUCAGGCAGAAAACUUCCGCACAGUUCCCUGUGCCCCAGACGUUACUGCUACACUGGACUGCAACACUGACUCUGUAUCCCUGCAGUGGACUCCCAUUGCGGGGUCUAUUUUCUACACUGCUAAUGCCAGUACACCGGAGGGGCUGGUCUCCACCUGCUCCAGCAACUCCACUAACUGUAAACUGAGCACACUAGUCUGUGGAAAAACGUACAAUGUUACUAUGGUAUCAUAUGAUGGAAUUUGUCACAGCAUGCCUGGCACAGCCCUGGCAGUGGCAUCGGGUAAGAAGAAGAAAAUUCAAAAACUGGCAAAAACUGUGAUUGUGAUUCAGUGA